GCAUUUUCCACACUUGAGAGCUGCGCGACCGACAGAGUCACAGCCAGUAGCGAACAUGGGGUGCGAGUGGUCCUUCAUCUGUCCUCCAGACGCGACUGGCAACGCCCAAAAGCAGUCCAUCCUGAGGCCCAAGGGUGUUAAAGCUACGUUUGGGUCGCAGUACCAACUGGGAGAGAAGCUAGGUGAAGGCGCGUUCUCGGUUGUGCGCAAAUGUGUCCACAUCGCGUCCGGCACUGUGUACGCCGCCAAGUGUUUGGACUUGCGCAAUAUUUCGCCGCAGGAACUUCAAAACAUUGAGCGCGAGGUGAACAUUUUGCAACAACUCCAUCACCCAAACGUGAUUUCGUGCAAUGCCUUCUUCCUUGAAGCGACCGCAGGAUACAUUGUGACGGACCUCAUGGAAGGCGGCGAUUUGUUCGACCGCAUUGUUGAAAAGUCUGUGUACACCGAACGUGAAGCGAAGGACGUCGUCCACGCCAUUGUCGACGCCGUCGCGUACUGCCAUGCCAAGCACAUUGUCCAUCGCGACCUCAAGCCCGAGAACAUCCUGCUUAGCAGUCACGACGACCACACGGCCGUUGUAAAAAUCGCCGACUUUGGCUUGGCAAAGGACGACUCUUACCUCACGACCAUGUGCGGGUCCCCGGCCUACGUGGCACCCGAAGUGCUGUUGGGCGAACGUGGUCUGUACAACAAAGCUGUGGAUGUGUGGAGCAUCGGCGUGAUUACGUUCGCACUUUUGAGCGGCUACCUCCCAUUCUACGACGACAACCCGUCGCAAAUGUUCAAGAAGAUCAAGAAAGGAGUGUACACGUUUGAGUCCCCGUAUUGGGACGACAUCUCGCCAAGCGCCAAAGCAUUCGUAAAGGCUGCACUCGUCGUCGAUCCCUCCAAACGUGCAUCCGCGGAGGAACUACUCAAGCACACGUGGAUGCAGACUGCCAACGACGCUACGGUGCCCCUGAGCGCGGCGAUCUCUGGCCUCAAGACUCUGAGCAAGCGGCAUUCCCUCAAGGCAGCGGCGAAAGCCGUCGUCCAGAUACACCGGUUGUCCCAUCAUUGAUACGAUUUGCAGUAUAAACUAUACGAGGUUUUUCAACACCUCACCUUUCAAAAGGCAUGUAUUUAUUCGGAA